AUGGCCCAAGAAGUUGCUAUACAGCCUAAAUACAAUAUUCCAAGGAUGAAAUCUGUUGAAAGAAUUUCUAAAUUGCCAGCUGUAGAACAAACAGUGGAUAUGGCAAAUAAUCUGUAUGUCAAAGUAAAAGACACAAACAGUUUAGUUAAAACCGUAUUGACAACAGCAGAAACAACAGUUAAGGGAGCUGUUGAUAUAACACUUCCGGUAACGUCUAAACUUGAAGGACCCAUAAAAAUGAUGGAUUCUUUUCUAUGUUCGAGUUUGGAUUUUGUUGAAGAUAAAAUUCCAGCUGUAAAACUUCCUCUGGACAAGAUUCAUGUACAAGAUAUCAACUGA